AUGGACAAGAAUAAAGACAGAAGCUAUUGUAAAGAUGAAUCAAAACCACCCCUAGGUUUAUUCCAGAAACUUCCCUAUGAGCUACAGGAGUUGAUUCUAGUGGGGUCAUUAAACCCACAAUUGGCACUCACAUGCCGCUCCUUCCAUCGCAUGUCGCAGCAAGUUGUGGUUAUCGCAAAACAGCUGCUGUUUUCCAAAAAAAUUUGGUCUCCAUGGGGACUGUUACUUCCACAGUCAUCAGAUCAUUUUCAAUGUACAGAUGCUCCAGUAGUAGCUACCACUCAGCAAUACCAGCAACUUUUGAAAGAUCGGUACUACCCAAAAGAUCGAAUCCAGUUCCCAACUACAGAGCAAUGGAUAUCUAUAGUAGAAGAUCCACAAUUCACUCAUCAGGUUGCAGUAUGCAUUUUUGAUAUGCAUAUGGACGACGAUGCAUUGGUGGAGAUUGUGACAGAGAAUGCUGCAAUGCACGGGCGAUUGGAACUUAUGGAAUGGUUGCUUGUCAAUGCUCCAACAAACAAGAGUCGCCUUGGAACCAGUAGCAAUGGGUCGAUCGAUAUGAGAGACAGACUUGUUUCUACUGCCUUUAGGGAUAAUCAGCAGCAGUUGGUAUCGGCAAUGCAUUCAACAACUCUGUCAGAUCCUUUACAGCAAAAACAGCCAUUUUUAGGAUUAUCACAGCGACUUAAAGAUUCUGCUCUGGUUCAAUCCUAUGGGUCUGGUUUUAAACUUGAUGAUCGUGCAAUGUAUGGAUAUAUCAAAAAGUGUAGCAAAUGCCUAGCCAUUGUUCUGAAGCAAAACAGAGACGAGUUUACUUUUACAUCAAUACGAUUGUAA